AUGGUCCAGAAAAGUGACUCGCAAAAGUAUACGAUCCGAAACCUCGAGCAAAUGCCAGCAUUGUUAGAGGCCCGGUUGAGCCCUGUGCAAAAAGUGUCGAAAAUGGUGAUGAAGAUGGUGCGAGGGGAGAACGAUACGGAGGCUGUUGGAAACUGGACGCGCACGUAUGAGACGAUUCUGAAGCUCAAGAAGCAGCUUGACGCCCAGGCGCGCGAGCCGGGGGCCAAGGUGUACGACUUGAGGAUCCGCAUCAACGGCAAGGAGGGACGAGAUAAAAAUAUGAAGUUCCUUUCACCAAGGUUUGCUCCGAUAAUGCCGGACAAAUACGGAAUUACGGACAAACGACAAUUAUCGCCCUCGAUUUUGUCAUUUUACAAGGACGAUGCGGAGGAUCAAAUCUUACCGUUGCCGAAGAUCCUCGAAGCAGCCGGCCUAAAAGACAAAGACCGGGCUGCCAUGAUGGAGAUGAUCAUGGAAGUUUCCGGAACGAGAGGCAUCGUCGACGACGCCAUGAAGAUGGUGUCGAAGAUGAACAUCUUCGGGAUGGAGGGCGAGCUGUUGAGCGUCACCAAGCGCAUCAUGCAAAUGUUUGGGCGGCUGGAGAAUUCUUUUAACGGCCGUCAGCGCAAGGAGAUGAAAAAGCGCGGUUACACCUUUGCCACACCGCACCAACUCGAGAAGCUUCAUGAGGAGCAAGGGAUCCGGGACCGAAAAGACCACGGAUUUGACUACGACUACUACCGGAAUCUGACGCGGGCCCAGAAUGAGGAAGCGUUAUGGUUGAGGAUACGGCAAAUAGCGUCGAAUAGCACCGAGUGCUGGGGCCUGUUGUGUUGUCACCAUCGAUUUUCAGUCCCC